AUGUCUACCCACAACUCCCAGGUACUAGAUUCUCACGAAUCCAGCCCAGCAUUGCACACCCCCGAAGAUAGCGGCAGCGACGAUACAAGCACCAGCCCUCCAAGAUGCACAGUUCCCAAGACACUUUGCGAGUUCCAAGUUCGAAACAUCCAACUCAAUGAUAAAUAUACAGAGCUACGCUGUCAAAAUGCCGAGCUCAAGAAUAAAAACGAUAAGCUCCAAGAACAAAAUACCCAACUCCAGGAUGGAAAUGUUGAGCUCCGCAUUCAUAAUGCGGAGCUGCAAGCUGAAGUUGAGAAGGACGUCGCUAUUGCGCAAAUGCGAGAGCGAUUGGUGCAGCCUGUUAAACAGGAUAAGGAGGAGUGUGAAUGGCAUUUUUUGAUCUUGUGGAUGAUUAUUGCCUUGGUACUUUUUAAGCUUUGA